UUCACCUUCACCGCCAUUGUUAAAGACAAUGAUGAAAUUUAUUGCGUUCCUUUAAAGCAGUGAUGUGUUCACCGCUUUUCUUUGCAACAGUGAAAAGAUCAUCAUUUUAGUGAAACACAGUGUUGAAAUUUCAAUCAUCACCGCAGUACACUAAAAUAGUGAAGCUCUCACCGUAUCUAACGGCCACGGUGAAGGGGUGGGGGGGGGGGGGGGGGGGACACAGACCGUUGACGUGGACCACAGUGCAUGCACUGUCAUUCACAAACGCGGUGAAUGGAUUGUGGUCCACGUCAGCAGUCUACGCCGCCCGACCCCUUCGCCGCUGCCGUUGGAUGCAGUGAGGUGCGGAUUCUGGUUUUCCUCACAGAUCCGACGCCUAACAGCGUCCCACGUCAGCGAUCCACACCUUUCACCGUUUCCGAGAAUUGCGGGGUCUCACUGAAGUUGACUGCUACGGUGAUCAACCUGUGGCUCUUUCCAGCGGAUCCAGCUCCUAUAAUACUAUCCCUCUCCCUCCCUCCCUCCUUCCCAUUCCAAACCACACCACCACACAAUUUUUCUUUCUCCCUCCAUUCCUCCACUCUAGUUUCGUUCUAAAAAGUAUGCUCUGUGGUUGCGUCUAGGGGUGGAAAUCGGUACGGUAUCGGUAUCCCAAUUACGAAUACCGAAUUAUAUCCGAAAGUCAAUCUCAAUCCCAAUCCCUAAAUAAUUUUGGUAUCCCAAUCCCUAAAUAUUAUGGUAUCCCAAUCGGUACUUCAGUAUCCCAAUCAGUAUUAUCGAAUACGAAAUUAAUUAUAUUUGAAAUAAAUAAUUAAAUAUAUAAACUAGAUUUAUUUGUUUAAUUUAGGGCAAAGAGACUAGCCAAAGAGUCUUGAGUUUUCCUAGAGCUAGGAUAUGGAUAAGGAGAAUGAAGGAGAGGUGACAUCUCAAGUUCUUGUCAUUGGUAAUCUUUAAUUUGACGAAUUGAAAGCCGAGAGCCGACUAAUGCUAGUGUUUGCUUUUUGGUGUUAUGAAAAUUACAAGUUAUUAGGUGAGAGAUGAGAGUGACUUAAAUUGGAAAGUCAAAAUUGAGUUGGAUGUGGACUUUUGAGUUGUGAAACAAAGAUGAAAUGAUCUAUGUAUAAUUAAAUGACACUCUUGGUGGUUGGGGGUUGUGUAGUAGUGAAUGAGAGAGUCUAGUUGAGAGGAUAAAAUACACACUAGCUUAUAUUUCGGUAUUGAUCGGUAUUUUGGUAUAUACCGAUCCCAAUCCCGUAAUCCCUAAUACCGAAUUACAAUUAAAAUUCAAUCUCAAUCCCAAGAAAUAAUACGUGUAUUCGGUAAUAUCGAUUAUAGACAAAUUUGGUACGGUAUUCGGUAUAUCCCAAAUACCGGUACCAAACUUCCAGCCCUAGUUGCGGCUAAGCUGGAUCUUCCACAUCAGAAAGAAUCCCUAGAGUUAUUUCCUACAACCCUCCUCUCUAAAAACUCGUUGAACCUCUGCCUGGCUUCUGCCAAAAAAUGGACGAAGAGGCUUUGAGGGUAUGUACGUACUUGUUUUUCCUUUUGUGAUUUAUUUUUUCAUAAUCGAAAUAAUUUGAUUUCAUUCAAAAAAAAAAUUUAUUGCCGAGAUAUACGAUCCUGGGCCAAGGGAUGCGUAGUAUUUAUCCGAACAAGCAACACAUCGCUCUCAUGCAAUUUUGCAUAACAAUCCGGUAAAUACCCCAUACCAUAUUAAUUUGUUAAUUAUUUAAGUAAUUUAAAAGGUUUUAUUUUGCUUUCCUUUGACUAACAACUUGGUGUUUUUUACAUUUUUACUGUAGGAAUAACUUAUUCCCGUCACCCAUAGAGGGACAACACACUUCCCCGCUUGGCAUGAUCGACUAUCGCUGUAUCUAGAGAGGACGGGUUUGGAUAUGGUGCGACACUUCAUGCGGAUUGAGAUCGACAAUGACCUGUUGGCGACAAUGACAGAGCGAUGGCGCCCAGAAACAAAUACAUUCCACCUUCCCGAAGGGGAAAUGACAAUCACCAUCAGAGACUUGCCAUCCUCACCGGGCUUCCGGUCACUAGAGAGGCCAUCAUCGGAUACUCGAGAAAACCCGAAGAAGGCCGAGGGUCGCUGAUUCUCGAUCGUUUUGGCUUCGACAUGCCGACCCAGACCGAAGUCCAAGAACUUAGACAUCCACAGCUGAAUGCGGGACAAAUAUCAAUCUCGUGGCUCGUUAUUCACAUAUAAAAUGAGGUUCUAGUCGGCCCAAACACCCCAAAGAUCAAAUGGAGCGGUAUGCACGUGUCAACCUCAUUGGCUUGGUUGGUGGAUUUCUGUUCCCCGACAAGGAAAACAGGUGGAUACAUGGUAUGUAGUUGUCGUUGCUCCUCGGUGAUUGGGACAACGAUGGAAAAAAGAGUUGGGAUCGGCCGUGUUAGUUGGGGUAUAUAGGGAGCUGUGUACUUGCUCGAAGGUGGGAGCGAAAUAAGUUGGUGGUGCGAUCCUCCAGUUCUGGACAUGGGAGCAUCUUCCAUUGUCAACACUUCAAGACUCGUGUGAAUGUUGGGCGCAAGAUGAGGAGCUAUGAGAUGUAGAAAAUGCCACCUAUGAUGUCAAGUAAUUUUAAUUUAAUUUCAAUUUUGUAAUUAAUUUACAUUUAUUUACUUAGAUUGAUUAUAAGGUUAAAUUUAUUACAUGCUUAGUAUGCAUUUUAUAUAACAUGGGUAGAUUGAUUGAAUUCUAAAAUGUAUUGCAUGCUUAGUUUCUUUAAUCCAGAAUAAUAUCAUUACGAUUUAUGAGGUAACAGAGAUUAGAUAGUUAAUAAAUUCUUAGAUGCUUAGCCUCCAUGCUUUAAAAAUUCUUAUAUGCGUGCUUUUACUUACAAAGUGGAUCAGAGCUAAUACAAACGACCACCAAUUUGAGCACCCUUUACUGAUUUAUCGUGCUGAGUUUGAUAAGUCUUGGUGGAACCACGUAAACAUGUAUUUCUCAAUAUUUUAACUUUUUAAAAUAGAGUGGAUUAUAUUUGGUACUAAACUACUAAUUGCAAAUUAUUAAUGAGUCUAGGUUACAUGGGACCCAUGUCCACAUGAAGUGGUUGAGCUGCAUCGUCUUAGACACCCAGAGGAUUAGGAGAAGUGGUUGUGCAAGGUGCCAUUGAUUUAUUGGCACAUCGGAGAGUGACACCUGCCCUAUCGAUCCUUGAGGCAAUGUCGAUUGGAGCAUCCAAUUCCAGCGAAGAUGAUGUCUCUACUAAACAAAGCUUACAAACAUUUCAAAAGAAAGCGACAAACAAUAC